AUGAAAGAUCAAGAUAUUGUCGGCGAGGCGCUUGCCUCUGUACUUCCGCAGUACAAUAAAAUUUGGUUUCGGGUUCCGCAUCUCCUUCAAUUGAAUUUAAUUUUGAUGAUUCCGCUGCUCUCUUCUGCGGUUGCUGGAUACGAUGGAUCAUUAAUGAAUGGUCUUCAAUCUAUUACACAAUGGCAGAAAUACUUUGGUAAUCCAUCCGGCGAGAUCCUGGGCGUCGUUAAUGCAGCGCAAUCCAUUGGGAGCGUUGUCUCCCUCCCGGUUGUCGGUUUUCUGUCUGAUAAGAUCGGAAGACGGUGGACUUUGUUGUCGGGGGCUGUUACCAUUGUUAUUGCAUCGGCUAUUCAGGCCGCGUCGGUGCAGUAUGGGAUGUUUGUUUUUUCACGGUAUGCUCCGUUUUAUUAA